AUGGUCGAGGGCAGGAUGGCUUUUCCGGCGUGCCCUGCGGGUGUUGAGGAUGUGCCACAGCAUCGCGCGCACCACCGCACAUGGCAGUCGCACGGCGGCCUGCUGUCAUGGGCAUUGGACGAGCUGUUCGGGCCUCGACUGCAGAUCAAGGCAGUGGCCGCUCAGCUGUUUAGCGGCGCCCCACCAAACGAGACAGGCUCAGGGGCCGCGGCGGAGCGAGCCAUCAAAAAGGCACGCCGCAAGGCAAUGGCUCGGGGCAGCGAUGAGGCUGGAGGUGCGGCCGUCAUAACUCCUUCUCUCAUAAACGAAGCCAACAAGCACCGGCGUCGCCGCCGAAUGGCGGCGAAGCAGCGCGGUGCAGGUCCCGCUGAGGACCAGGCGGGCCGUUAUGUAAUGUAA